AUGGAGAGUGGGACAGACAAAGGCUCUCCAUCCACAUACCAGUCAGCAGCUCCUCGCGUGGGACGGGAGAGUUUGUACGCCACACUCAGGAAAAUCCACCAAGGUUUGGAGACACCACCACAGCCCCAGCUCACCACCAACACAUGCUAUAGGCUUAAAGGUCUGGGGAUGGAGGCAAAUGGAAACAAUAUCCCGUUGGCGGACCGGGCACGGUCGCAGUCCAAUGACUGCCUGACUGAGAGCACGGUAUUCAGCCUUUCUCAGAGCGAGUCACUCUGGACCAACGAGUCAACCCGCAGUGCCUGGGAGAUUUACCAGUACCCUAUUCUCCUCCUGGCCACCGGGGGGGCUGUCUUCAUCUGUGGAUUUGUUCUGAGUGGCCUUUACUUCACGGGAAUAAAGGAGAUCCACAGACAGGCUGCCAACCUCCUGGGCCCGGCGCUCCUGUCCAUUGGGCUAAUGGUGCUGGUGGUGGGGCUGGUGCUGGUCCCCAUCACCAAGGAGAACAUGAGACCACCAAUGAAGAGGCCCUUCAGCUACUCCAGGCCUCCACUCUUCAACCUGUGA